CAGAAAUGGAAGGCGUCGUGGCCACCCAGGCGGUCGUCGCCAUGGAUAUCACAGAACCUGAUCCUCACGAAAGCCGCGACGAAAACAAACCCGCAUUCGAUAUCAAGAAGCCCAAGCCAACACUCCAAAUCCGCGACAAUCUACUGUACUGGAAGUGCAACCAAACACUUCACGACGGCAGCGUCUGCGGUUCCUACAACGAGCUGGACUUCAAGCAGUGCAAGGACUGCAAGAGCCGACGCGGUAUUGGAGAUGAUGGCACUGACGCCUACGGCACUAAGAUUGCAAAGAUCGUCUUUGUCAAUAACAAGAAUGGAGAGGAGCUUUGGCAGUAUGCUUCGGAGGAAUAGGUCAGCUCAAAGAUGUCGAUGGUUCAAAUGGAUGCGAAGUCUAUCAGAGAAGACAUGAAUACAAGGCGAAGGAGAACUCAAUGGUCAUUUGCGCGCUAGAGAUGUCGCUUUUGCCUCAAACUUUUACGAAUCAUGAGAAAUGGAUCAGGUUUGGUUUUAGAGGUGGCUUAUAGGUGUCGACAUGUUGUUCCUCAAAGGAACCUCCGAGCAACAUCUACUACAGAGGGCACAAUAGGUUUCCCCCCAAGCUUUUCAAAUUAUACCUGUUACAGGAGGACUUCUUCUUUCAUCGCUAAGGAGUCUUCCUAAAAGCCAUUCAGUUGUGCAUGAAUACAUGUGUUUCGUGACAAUCUGAGACUUCCAAAGAGAAGUCACAUCAUGGACUUUACUACCGUCCGUCUAGCGGAGAGCAUCCUAGAGCCAGAUCAGUAGACUUAGGUGAUAUACAUCCACUUGCCAUGUGCAACGACUCCCUAU